CUGUCUGUCAGUCUGUCUGGCGGGGAUGAAGGGGACGCUGUUUUGUGGAACGCACGCUAACACGCGCACACACUCACAACCGUGCGCGCACGCGCGCACGAUAGAGAGAACGCGAAAGAGAGAGACAAGUGAGCGCCUUCGCGCCUGUGCGCAGUCCUCCGGCCCGGCCGCUCCUUCCUUCCUUCCUCCCUCCUCUCCCUCACUUCCUCCCCACCGCUGGCUCGCUCCCUUUCGGAUGCUGGGAGCCUUCAUCUUUCACACUCCGCGCUGGGCCAAAAUACUUCCGAGGCCGGAUCGACCGACUGCCCGUUUUGCCUGGUUUGAAUUUCGGAUUCCCACACCAGAAAGAAGGAAAGUCGAGAAGGGAAAAAGCGGCUCUCCAUCCCCCGAGGGAAUUUAUUUUACAGAGUAAUGCCGGUGCCUGACGUGUCGUCUGACACCGCCAGCGCCGCCGCCAUGUUGAGCCCCGUCCUCAAUGCCUCCAACGGAGACGGAUCAGAGUCGGAAAGCACCUCCGCCAUUCUGGCCUCUGUCAAGGAACAGGAGUUGCAGUUUGAACGUCUCACCAGGGAGCUGGAAGCCGAGCGGCAGAUUGUUGCCAGUCAGCUGGAGAGAUGCAAGCUUGGCUCUGAGGCCGGAAGCAUGACGAGCAUCAGUUCAGCAGAGGAGAAAUUUCGCUGGAACAACCAAGAUGGACAGAAGGACAUCGAGGAGGAGCUGACAACAGGCCUGGAGUUGGUGGACUCGUGUAUCCGCUCGCUCCAGGAAUCGGGCAUCUUGGAUUCGCAGGACACCUCGACGGGAGAUCGACAAGGACUUCUCUCUCAUAGCGCUCUGCAGCUCAACAACCAGGAUGCCUAUGCAGCUGCCGGUUACCAUAGUAACCAAGCAUUGGCUCUCGGCGAAGUGGUCACGAGUCGCGGCGGACAUGUUGGCGGGGCCGUUCACAGCUACAACCAGGUGACGUCCGGCCGAGCGGCCGCCCAAUUAAUGGGGACGGACUCGCCCUCCCAGUCCCACAGAGAUUCAUUUGCCCAACAGGCCAUGGGAAGCGCCUUCCAUAUGCCCAGCGAGGGCGGACCUACCCCUGCUGGACCAUCCGUGUAUUACUCCUGCGCCACCUUGCCGGCACAGCGCGUCAGCUCCCCUCUGCAGGCGGUGGGCUCUCCGACCAAGCUGCAGCGUCUCGGGACGGCGUCCUCCGACAUGCCCAGCUAUGCCACGCUGCAGCGGGUGGCGUCGCCCAAACAGUCCCCAAGUCGUCUCGCCAAGUCCUACAGCACCUCAUCACCCAUCAACAUGGUGCCACCUGGUGCCGGCGGGCCCUCCUCCCCACAUUCCAUGGCGGCCCCAUCGGGAGGAAACCACACGUCAUCGCCCAUCCACCAACGGAGCUCGGUCGUGGGCAGCUACGCCACCUUGUCGCCCACCAAGCGCAUGCUGCAUCACAUCGGAGGAGAAACCUACAAGAUUUCCCAUGAGCUGUAUGCCAACGCAACCCUGAAAAGACCCGGCAGCCUGGCAGGCUCCCGAGGAUCUUACAGCAGCCAGCACAGUCACCUGGGCUCGGAAUUGCGACCGCUGCAGUCUCCAGAGCAUCACAUCGAUCCCAUCUACGAAGAUAGAGUCUACACCAAACCCAACCUCAGAGGACAAGCGGUCAACCAACUGUACCAAGAGGUCCUCAACUAUCUGCUCUGUCCCUACACUUUAGCCCCACCUUCCCCCGGUGUCGAUCCAAUCCCCUUGCAGCGAACCGGAAGUCAGAGCACCGCUUCCACUUACCAAAGAGGCGGCUUUGCGACGGGAGGCGGGCCUGACUACAGCAACCCGUACCGCACGUUGCAGUUCUGCCCGUCCACCGAGUCGCCUUACAGCAAGUCGGGCCCGGCUCUCCCUCCCGAAGCGGCCCUGGGUCGCUCUCCGUCUGUGGACAGCAUCCAGAAGGACCCGAGGUACGACCCCGAAUUCCUUGUGUGGAAUCAAAAUCAAGCCGAGCAAAGAAUGACAAAGGAAUUUGGUUGGAGGGAUCCGGAGCUGCCAGAAGUGAUCCAAAUGUUACAACAUCAGUUCCCAUCGGUUCAGUCGAACGCUGCCGCCUACCUCCAGCAUCUCUGCUUCGGAGACAACAAGAUCAAGUGUGAGAUCCGGCGACAGGGUGGCAUCCAGCUUCUGGUGGACUUGCUGGACCAUCGUAUGACCGACGUGCACCGCAGCGCCUGCGGAGCUCUUCGGAAUCUGGUCUACGGGAAGGCUAAUGACGACAACAAGAUUGCACUCAAAAACUGUGGAGGAAUCCCGGCUUUGGUCCGACUGCUCCGGAAAACCACAGAUGUCGAGAUCCGUGAACUACUCACAGGUGUCUUGUGGAACCUGUCGUCAUGCGACGCCUUGAAGAUGCCUAUCAUCCACGACGCCCUGGCCGUCCUGACCAAUGCUGUGAUCAUCCCCCACUCGGGCUGGGACACCUCGCCCCACACGCAAGAAGACCGCAAAUUACAUCUGCACUCCUCCCAGGUCCUCCGCAAUGCCACCGGCUGCCUCCGCAAUGUGAGUUCUGCAGGUGAGGAGGCCCGCAGGAGGAUGAGAGAGUGCGAGGGUCUGACAGAUGCUUUACUGUACGUCAUCCAGACUGCCCUGGGGAGCAGUGAGAUUGAUAGCAAGACUGUGGAGAACUGCGUGUGCAUCCUGAGGAAUUUGUCAUACCGUCUGGCCGCAGAGACAUCUCACAACCAACAAGGGGGCUCUGAGGAGCUGGAUGGCCUCUUAUGUGACACUGGUGGGAAGGACGCGGAAAGUUCAGGAUGCUGGGGCAAAAAGAAGAAGAAAAAGAAGGGGCAUGACCAGUGGGAUGGUGUCGGUCCAUUUCCAGACUUGGCGGAGCCCCCGAAAGGCAUUCAGAUGUUGUGGCAUCCCAGUAUCGUCAAGCCCUACCUUACCCUGCUGUCUGAAUGCUCCAACCCGGACACCCUGGAGGGAGCAGCCGGUGCGCUGCAAAACCUUGCUGCUGGGAGCUGGAAGUGGUCGGUCUAUAUCCGGGCCGCAGUGCGUAAAGAGAAGGGCCUUCCAAUCCUUGUGGAGUUACUGAGGAUCGACAAUGACCGAGUGGUGUGUGCCAUUGCCACUGCCUUGAGGAACAUGGCUCUGGACAUCAGAAAUAAGGAGCUUAUUGGUAAAUAUGCCAUGAGGGACCUGGUGCACCGGUUACCCGGUGGCAGUACCAACAACAACGGCAGUAGUGGCGGAGGAUGCGUCGGUGGCGGUGCCAACAGUUGCGCUCUGCUGGGGAAGACCAUGUCGGACGACACGAUCACAGCUAUCUGCUGCGCUCUGCAUGAGGUCAUCACCAAAAACAUGGAGAACACCAAGGCCCUGAGGGAUGCCGGCGGCAUAGAGAAGCUCAUUGGUGUCGCCCGAAGCAAAGGAGACAAAAUUCCCAGACAUAGUCCCAAAGUGAUGAAAGCGGCAUCUCAAGUGCUGAACAGCAUGUGGCAAUACCGAGACCUGCGCAGCCUUUACAAAAAGGACGGCUAUUCGCAAUACCACUUUAUCGGCUCUUCUUCCACAAUAGAAAGGGACAGGCAGCGGCCUUAUUCUUCUUCUCGCACGCCGUCCAUCUCACCCGUGCGGACCUCACCAAACCAUCGAUCGGCAAGUGCGCCAGCGUCACCGAGGGAUAUGAUGGCGUUGAAGGAGAGGAAGAAAGACUACGAGCUGACCGGCAAUGCAACGUACCGCGGGAACAAGGGUGAACACACGUCCCGCAAGGAUGCCGCCAUGGGUCCGCUCUCCAGUGGUUCUUCAACUCUACACCGAGGAGCUUAUGUGUCACCCACCGAUGAGCUCAAGUAUAACCAGGUCUCAUCUCAAGGAUUGCCUUCAGAGCCCUACCCGCCUUUCCAAAAUCCUCCCCCGAAUGAUAGCGGCAGCUAUGAGGACCAGGCCUUCUACGAGAACCAGGUUCAUGCGGGGGGGCGCCCCCCGCAAGGUGAACUCAACAUGCACUUGCAGGGCCUAAAGUCCACCGGAAACUAUGUCGACUUCUAUUCGGCCUCUCGGCCCUACAGCGAGCUCAACUACGAGACCAGCCACUAUCCGGCCUCUCCGGACUCCUGGGUCUGAGGGCAAAAGAGAGCCGAGGGAGGAACAGAGCGGGAAGAAGACAUGAAGUAGGAAAGAUACCCCCCACCCCCCCACACACCCCCGCUCCCUGUUCUGUCGUUCCAAAGUAGCAUCAUAGGUAGCAGGACAUCCCAGGCGCAAGACAGGGUCCAAGAGCGGAAGGAAACUGAAAAGACACUGGAACUCCAUCCGGAGACGUUUGAAGAAACAAAAUGACCGGAGGGCGCUGGAAAAAGAGGCCUUGCAUGUGCAUGCACACCGACACCAACGAAACCCAACGACACAUUUUUCUUUCUCUCUUACGUUUCUGACCAAACUGCGAGCAAGCCCGGCAGGUUGAAAAGCGAACUGCGUGCCGCGUUUGCGGGCCGUGGGAGGAAGAACAGGUGUGGUGAAUGCACAACCCCCCCCCCCAAAAAAAAUAAAAAGAACGUGGCAAACACACGGAGGUGAAGGCGAUGAGGGGAAAGAUGGAAAGGCGUGAAAGUUUUUCCGAGAGCGCGUGGAAGUCGUGACGGCUGGCUGAGAGAAACUUUUGUACAUAUGUGACAUAGCAACACGGCUUUUUGUCAUGUGAAGCACAAGAAGCAGAGCCGUAGGACGUGUAGGACAUCUGAGAUACAGACGUUUUUUUUUGUUCCCCCCCCCCCCCCUCCCUCUCUGUGGCUUCAGCGUGAUGUAUCCUCCUCUCGGGCAAAGAUUGCUAUCGGAACCUCGUCCUUUGUAAUCAUUUGUUGAUUUGUUUGUAUGUUUUUCUUUUCUUUGUGCUUCUACUUUAUAAAUUCUCGGUUGUAUAGUAUUUGAUGUACACUGUACAUUUACUGGCAAUGCAUUGUGUAUUUGUACAUUGCAGUAUUACCUGAGUCAGGCCUGCACCACGUGGGGCUCAGCUCACCUCUUCACACGGUCCUGUCACUGUACCCUACGCAAGUGCACGCACACACACACACACACACACACACACAAUUAGAGAGUGGGUUAACAGUGCUCCACUGACUGCCUUAUAUCUUGAGUUCCAGUAGGAUCUAUUUGACAGGAAUGCAUUCGUGCCGCCGUUUAUUUGUAGGUAAAUAAAGCACGACUGGAGCAUAUCGUUAACCCCGCAACGAUCGCCUGGUCAGAUUCUGAGUUCAAGUCAAAAGACUGUUAGAUACCGAGUGACGUGAGAUUCAUUUUUCGCCUUUCUCGCUCAUCUAUGUGAGUGAACAGGAUUGUUUAUCGUGGUGAAAAAGAUUCUGUCGAAUUUUCCCAGAGUUAUACACUAUGUUGUCACUUUUUUUUUGUGUGGGGGGGGCACAUUUUCUGAACAAAUUCAACAUUCACACAUUCCAUUCACUUGAACUCACAUUAUAGAUAUGAGGAAUUACGGCCCUAACCUAAGAUGGCAACGUCCUAUAAACUCCACAAUAUAAUUCUUAUUUUAAGUGCUGCCACCUCAUCCAUCCAUCCAUUUUCCGAUCCGCUUGAUCCCCACGAGGGUCGCAGCCGUCUUCGGGCGGCAGGCGAGGGACACCCUGAACCGGUUACCGGCCCCUCGCGCGGCACGCAGAGACCAACAAACUAUUCGGGCUCACAAACACACCUAGCGACAAUUUGGGGUGAUUGAUUAACCUGUUGGGCUGGUUUUUGGAAUGUGGAAAGCAGCAUACCCGGAGAAAAGCCACGUAGGCGCACGCAGAGACCAACAAACUAUUCGGGCUCACAAACACACCUAGCGACAAUUUGGGGUGAUUGAUUAACCUGUCGUGCUUGUUUUUGGAAUGUGGAAAGAAAGCAGCAUACCCGAAGAAAAGCCACGAAGGCACGACAUGAGAAAGACGCGCUAACCAAUGGCCUACCGUGGCCGCCCGCUGCCACCACAUCUUGUCUUUAUUGCAAGGAUGACGCGUCAAUGUAGCUUUGAUUUAGCCACACCCAGAGAGUGAACUUGCAACUCAAGCCUCAUGAUCAUUAUUUUGAGAUAGGUCGUCCAUAUUCAAUUGUAGGAUGAAAAACACCUUCUGAAACCCGGAACGGGGUGCGAACACGGGUAGACGGCCAAAGACACGUUCUCAAAGUACGAUUGUUUCCGUGUGCGCUUUAAAGAAUGAAUGUCAGACUGGAUAACUGUUCUCGAAACAAUCACGAUGGCCAUGCAGCGAUCGAGAUUGACGACCGGCAUGAAGACAAGGCAAAAGCGACUGUUUCUGUAUUUGUCCUUUUUUUUUUCUUAAUCGAUCCCUCCUUCAACGCCACAGCGCCGCCUCUUUUAGAGCCAGUGAGCCCUUUCUAUUUCAUGCUCGGCGUGUACAUCCUAGUGCCAAACAAGGUUUCUGCUACCCCAGCCCCAAUUGUGGAGGGCGGGGAACACAUUUCAUGCUUUCGUCGGGACAUUUGCGCAUUUGACUUUACCACUUUGGAAAUGUUUUGUCCAUUAUAAUGUUUUAUUUUAUUUUUUUGGUUUGGUUUGUUUCUUUCUUUUCUAAAUUGUGUACUACUGACAUGAAAGUUGUGCAACAGCACUGGGACCAGAGAGCAUUACUCACAUAAACAAAAAUAUUUAAAAAAAAUAGAGAAAAAAAACCGAGAAACAACUGCGUUAAAAACUAAGAACUGUACAAAAUGUGUUUAUUUCUGUGUGAUAUCAUGUUUGAAGUACAGCAAAACGUUUUGGGGAAAUGGCUCGCGAUUACUUCUUGGUAGAUUAUGAAUAGAGUUCAGUCCAUAGAGUAUGAAUAUAUAUUAUGGAAAUAUCUACUUUUUACGUGCAAAUGUGGGUGUCGCAGCGGCAACAUGGUGGCAAAAGACUCGAUGUGGGAUGUUCACUUUUUGACUUUGCCGGUCAACGCACUGAAUUGUCGACUUUUGUGUGGUAACGUUGCUAUGUGGAGUAGAUUAGCUCGUGGCUUACGGAGCCGCGUCGUCACUCUCAACAUGGAUGACUCCAAAGUUCUUAAAAGUGGACUGUCGGAUGGGAGCGACAGCAAAGCUAAUCAAAUAAUGACGUUUGAAAUUGUUCCCGCCCUCAUCCAAUGAAUCGGUGGCAUCAACUUAAAGUGAGUGCACGGGUAUUUUGUCACCAAAUUAAGCUGAAACUAAAUUGUGAUUUUGUACAACUUGACAAUGCUCUCUUUCUCCCUGUUAACCGUUUUCUGAAGGCUUCGCAUCCUGGGAACUAAUUUGAUCCUUGACAACGUUGUAUCAAGUCAUUGUGAUCCCGUGGCAGUAGAACUCACGGCAAGCGAUCUCGGUGGUUUCCAAACCAAAACCUGUUUUCAAAAGAGAAUUGUGAAAUCUUUAUAUGCCUCAAACUGAUUGCAACUGCUCCAAAAUAUAAAAUGGUCCAUCGAAGAGGAAA